AUGCACAGAACAUACUCUUUGAGAAACCAGAAGGCGCCUACUGCGUCAGACCUCCAGUCACCCCCUCCCCCACCCUCUUCCACACGUUCCAAGUUCUUUGGGCGUGCCGGGAUUGCUUCCUCGUUCCGCAAGAAUGCAGCGGGAAACUUUGGCCCCGAGUUGGCACGGAAGCUGUCUUCGUUCGUGAAGACGGAAAAGGGGGUGCUACGUGCGCUGGAAGUGGUGGCCAAUGAGCGGCGCGCCGCUGCGCGGCAGCUGUCGAUGUGGGGCAUGGACAACGACGACGAUGUGUCCGACGUGACCGACAAACUGGGCGUGCUCAUCUACGAACUGGGGGAACUACAGGACCAGUUCAUCGACAAGUACGACCAGUACCGGGUGACGGUCAAGUCGAUCAGGAACAUCGAGGCUUCCGUGCAACCUUCGCGCGACCGCAAGCAGAAGAUCACCGACCAGAUUGCCCACUUGAAGUACAAGGAGCCACAGUCGCCCAAGAUCCCAGUGUUGGAGCAGGAGCUUGUGCGCGCGGAGGCAGAAUCGCUUGUUGCAGAGGCACAGUUGUCGAACAUCACAAGAGAAAAGUUGAAGGCUGCGUUCAACUACCAAUUCGAUGCGAUCAGGGAGCUUUCCGAGAAGUUCGCGUUGAUUGCAGGGUAUGGUAAGGCCUUGUUGGAGCUAUUGGACGAUUCUCCUGUCACGCCGGGCGAGACGAGACCAGCGUAUGACGGCUACGAGGCGUCUAGACAGAUUAUAAUGGAUGCGGAGCAGGCUUUGGAAGAGUGGACCCUGGAUGCUGCCGCCGUGAAGCCCAACUUGUCAUUCCACCAAACAGUCGAUGACGUCUAUGAUGGCGAAGACGGCGGUGAAGAACAUGACUGGGAGGGAACUCAGGACGAGACCGAGCAGGCCACCAAGUAA